AUGAUUGAGCUACAGCCAACCGGAGAAGAUUUCUUCCACAAUGGCAACACGGUGCCGUGGGCUCAAAACAACAUUGAUACACCAACUGACAACAAGCCUACGACUGGACUCAGCUUGGCUAUGCAAAUGGGAGAAAUCAUGUACAACUAUGCGGACCUACCAAGGACGGAGUCUGUAGCUGAGAGCUGCAUCUCGGAAGACUCAAAUGCGGACAUCAAGCCUUUCCCGCUCAUGGAGCUACCAUUCGAAAUCAGGAUCCAAAUCUAUCGCUGGAUACAUUUGGGACAUCCUAUCAAGCAAUCCCAGCUAACACCCUGGUACCCCAUGCCUGUCUACAACCACUAUUUUCUCAAAGUUGUUCAGCCAGGGAGCUCUCCUCCGGUCAGCGGUGCGGAUCCGAGGAUUCUCCACGACACAACUACAGCCAAACGCCCAGUAGAGAAAGAAGCCGGGGAGGUGACGCUCUUAUCCCCAUACCGGCCCCUGGCUGGUCUGCCCUCGGCACUCUUACGAGCUAACAAGCAAGUCUACCACGAAACGCGAGAGCUAGCAUUGACGGAAAACGAGUUCAUCUUUGUCAACUGGUUCUCAUCUGGUUUAUGGGCAGCGCGGUCUUUUGGAAAAGGCCUCCAGCCUUGGCAACGAGCCAGCGUGCGUCGGGUCCGCCUCGAACUGCUCUCGCGCGACCUCACUGGCACUUAUGCCGACGAGUGGCGCGAUCUGUGCGAGCUCUGGUCCACUGGACUGCGCGGCCUCCGGCUCAAGAUUCUCUGCGGCGGCGGCGCUUUCGGGUCAUGGGUUGCGGACGGUCUGCCUCGCCGAGGGUCUCCUACCGUUCGUGUCCGGGAUGACAAUGACAAGAUUUUGCAUUGGGUCGAGCAUGGGCUUGCACGGCUGAAGGAACUCCGGCACCUCGAGGUUGAGAUUGCUGUGGCUGAAUGGGACGACACCCAGCGGGUGAGGUUUUGCCAUGACCUCGAGGAUGCGCUGUAUGAAGUGCGGAGUCGCUCGAGUUGGGCUCCCGUCAGGCGUGUCGGUGUUGUCUGUGUGGAGAGGUGUGGUAAGUCGCAGCAUGGAAAUUGA